GCAGGCAAGAAGAAGCUGUACAUCGGAGCCUUGUUCCCGAUGAGCGGCGGCUGGCCCGGCGGACAGGCCUGCAUGCCCUCCGCCCAGAUGGCCAUGGACCUGGUGAACAACCGGAGCGACAUCCUGCCCGACUACGAGCUGGAGCUCAUCCACUACGACAGCAUGUGUGACCCAGGGGAAGCGACCAAGUUGCUGUAUGACCUUCUGUACACCGAGCCCAUCAAGAUAGUCCUGAUGCCCGGCUGCAGCGGCGUCUCCACGCUGGUCGCCGAAGCCGCUCGCAUGUGGAACCUCAUCGUGCUGUCCUACGGCUCCAGCUCACCGGCUCUGUCCAACCGUCAGCGCUUCCCCACCUUCUUCCGCACGCACCCCUCCGCCACCCUCCACAACCCCACCAGGGUGCGGCUCUUCCAGAAGUGGAAGUGGACUCGCAUCGCCACCAUCCAGCAAACCACCGAAGUGUUCACCUCGACGCUGGACGAUCUGGAGGAGAGGACGAAGGAGGCGGGCAUCGAGAUCAGCGUUCGUCAGAGCUUCCUCACCGACCCGGCUGUCGCUGUCAAGAACCUCAAGCGCCAGGAUGCCAGGAUCAUUGUCGGGCUCUUCUAUGAGACCGAAGCCAGAAAGGUGUUUUGUGAGGUGUUCAAGGAGAAGCUCUACGGGAAGAAGUACGUUUGGUUCCUGAUUGGCUGGUACGCAGACAACUGGUUCAAGAUCAAAGACCCGGCAAUAAACUGCACCGUGGAGAACAUGACGGAGGCCGUGGAGGGACACGUGACCACGGAGAUCGUCAUGUUGAACCCCGAGACCGUCCGCGGCGUCUCCAACAUGACAUCGCAGCAGUUUAUCGCCGCCUUGAUGUCUCGGCUCGGAGGGAAGAACCCGGAGGAGACGGGCGGGUUUCAAGAGGCUCCUCUGGCCUACGACGCAGUGUGGGCCCUGGCCCUUGCCCUCAAUAAGACAGUCGCACCGCUGAAGGCCAAAGGUCGGCGUCUGGAGGACUUCAAUUACAACAACCACGACAUCACCUCAGAGAUCUACCGAGCCCUUAACACGAGCUCCUUUGAAGGUGUUUCGGGCCAGGUGGUGUUCGACGCCCAGGGAUCCAGGAUGGCCAUGACGCUGAUCGAACAACUCCAAGGAGGCAGUUACAAGAAGAUCGGUUACUACGACAGCUCUCAGAAGAACCUCUCCUGGUUUGGAAACGAUGUCUGGAUAGGCGAGGGACCUCCGGCGGAUCGGACCGUGGUGAUUGAAGAAUACCGCUUCCUGUCUCAGAAGCUGUUUGCGGCCGUGUCUGUCUUCGCCGGCCUCGGGAUCCUGUUCGGCAUCGUCUGUCUCACCUUCAACAUCUACAAUGGAAACGUCCGUUACAUCCAGAACUCGCAGCCCUACCUCAACAACAUGACAGCGGUGGGCUGCAUGAUGGCGCUGGCUGCAGUCUUCCCUCUGGGGAUCGAUGGCCACCACGUCCACAGGUCACAGUUCCCCGUCGUCUGCCAGUUCCGCCUGUGGCUCCUCGGCCUCGGCUUCAGCCUGGCGUACGGCAGCAUGUUCACCAAGAUCUGGUGGGUCCACACCCUCUUCACAAAGAAGGAAGAGAAGAAGGAGAAGAAGAAGCAACACUUGGAGCCAUGGAAACUCUACGCAACAGUUGGAGUGCUGCUGGCUAUCGACUUCCUGUCACUCAUGAUUUGGCAGAUUGUGGAUCCUCUGCACGUUACGGUGGAGAAGUUCACCAAGGAGGCCCCCAAAGAAGACUUGGAUGUCCUGAUUCAGCCGCUGCUGGAGCACUGCAGCUCGGAGAAGAUGAACACAUGGCUCGGUGUGGUUUACGGCUACAAGGGUCUGCUGCUGCUGCUGGGUAUAUUUCUGGCUUACGAGACCAAGUCCGUCUCCACAGAGAAGAUCAAUGACCACCGCGCCGUGGGGAUGGCUAUUUACAACGUCGCUGUGUUGUGCCUGAUCACGGCUCCGGUGACCAUGAUCCUGUCUUCGCAGCAAGACGCCUCCUUUGCCUUUGCCUCUCUGGCAGUCGUCUUCUCUGCCUACAUCACUCUGGUGGUGCUUUUUGUACCCAAGAUGCGGCGCCUGAUCACCCGUGGCGAGUGGCAGUCGGAGCAACAGGACACUCUGAAGACCGGCUCGUCCACAAACAACAACGACGAGGAGAAAUCCCGGCAGCUGGAGCGAGAGAACAGGGAGCUGCAGAAGAUCAUCCAGGAGAAAGAGGAGAGGGUCUCGGCGCUCCGCAACCAGCUGGCCGAGCGACAGUCCCUCCGCAACCGCCGCCGCCCGUCCACGGGCCAGAACCAGAACCACAACGCCCCCCCGCCCUCCUCCCAGCCGGACCCCAAGUCCCUGCUCCCCCCGCCCGGCUACCCCAACCCCGCCACGGACAAUCACGCGCUCCCGCCCUCCUUCUCCAACUCGUCCAACCUCUACCCGGCGGACAGCAAGAUGAGCCGCAACCACUGUCACAACAGCCAGAUCCCGCUGCUGUACAAGUAG